AUGAGUCCUACUCUAACAACCGUGGUGGAAAGAUUUCACGCUACACCGGCGCAAGCUUGGAAGACGGCUGCCGAGAACUUCUACCUUAAACCUGACUUGAAUAGUGUUGGGGGGCUCGCACCUCUGCCCUCUUUCCAGCAGUUUUGGGGGGACUUCGAGAAAAAGGGCUGUACAACCCUGAAUUGCGCAGCCGUCAAGCUGGUAGUCUGCUCCCUCCGUCGGAAUUUGUCUUUCUACAAGGCCCCAAUUCCUGCAACAGAGGAGGAGCUUGCAACGACUCAAGACGCCAUUUUAGACGCAGUUGCAGGCAUGGGUCCGAAUAUAGGAAAUGAAACGGUUGCAUGUCCUUCAGAUGGACCCGUAGAUAUUCUCCGGCACUAUUCGGCCUGCAAAAAUCCAACAAGCAGAGGCUGCAGUGGCAUGGACAGUUUUCUUAACGACGUCGGCUUGGGGCUGGAGUUCUCAAACUUCGAGAAAGCUAUUGGCCUCUCCACGCGAAUGAGCCGGGGAAGAGGGGUGUACAUUCCCCCUUGCUCGACGUGGCUCUUAGCGUUACAAUUCGCCGACCACAUCUACAUUCAGACCCACGAUGGGAAGGGCAACGUGGGUCGGUGUUUCUACAGGCUCCUUGAAAUUGCACAUUCAUUGCAAGGGCACUUCAAUUCAUCGACCGUCAGCUCCAGUCAUGCGUUUGCUUUCCACUCGUCUCUUGGUUACCUGACAACGAUGCCCGAGUUUCUGGGCACUGGCAUUCAACUGAAGGCGAAGCUUUACCUUCCAUACCUCCUCUCCAAACCAGAAGAAGCAGAAAUAACCGAAUUCGAAAGCCUCUGCCAAAAUCAUAAUCUGGGGUUCAAAUUUGUCCACCCGGCUGUUUUCGACCAAAACAAAGGCAGUACUGCCAUGGUCUGGGUUAUGUCUACGGUCUCGUUGGGCGUGACCGAGUUGCAGCAGCUCGAAGCUUUCAUCAAGGGCAUUGACGCCAUUCUGGAGCGUGAACAGAGCAAGGCGGGAUCGCUUGGUGCUACGCCGCCUCGAACUGUCGCUGAGGAAAGAGAUGUUAUUCUUCCCCCCCUUCCAGAGAAAACAGCAGCCGGGCAGGGAGGUGCGGUGUCGGGGGAGCCCGGACAAAGCGAUUCAUCCCGGCCCAAAGCCACCCCGAAAAAGGAUAUUUCCAAGGUUGCUGGCCACACGCAAUGGAAAGAUCUACGGUACGAGCAGGAGAAAUAG